GUUAUGGUUUGGCUCCGCCCAUCGGUCCCUCAGAUUUUUUCAUUCCGGGUCAUUUUUGGUUCCGGCUAAAUUAUCUGGCUUUGCGAGGGCACUUCAAAUUACUCCUCUUUCAGCAUAAAAGUUUAUAAUAAGCUUCAAAUCAUGGCGGUGAACACAGGCACUUCUCUGGUGCUUUCCAGUCUGCUUUCAUUGCUGGUUUUUGCGGGGAUGCAGAUGUUCAGCAAACAGCUGGGAUCCACAGAGUGGCUCACCAUCCUCGGAGGGUUCCUGGGCUCGGUUCUUUUUAUCUGCUCCCUCACUGCAUUCAACAAUCUAGAAAACCUGAUGUUUGGAAAAGGAUUUCAGGCCAAGAUCUUUCCUGAGAUCCUGCUGUGCCUGUUUCUCUCCCUGUUUGCCUCUGGUCUGGUGCAUCGUGUCUGUGUCACCACCUGCCUGAUCUUCUCCCUGUUUGCCUUGUAUUACAUCAACAAGAUAUCUGCCGCCCUCUACCAAGCAGCUGUUCCGGUUGUAACACCUGCCAAGGCUACCAGCAAAGGCAAAAGAAAGAACUGAUCAACCUAAAGAAAGUUCCCAGUAAAACAGUCAAAACUCCAUUGGUGCAAGUUUUCAAACAAAAUGAAUAAAUACUAAAGGUCAAAGGAAAGGCCUUAUAAUAAAUCUUCAAACAGAUCCCUACAUUCCAUUCAUCUCGGUUUUCCAAGCACUGGUGGCUGAAAAGAGAUUCUUACAUCCUGUCACAUUUUCUCUUCAUUUAGCAGCACAUAAAGCUGCUUUUUUCUCUCAUAUUUUGUAAUUAAACAUUGUGAAAAACUUCCAAA